UCGCUCGAUAACGGGAAAAAGUGAAAAAUAUAAACUCUUUGUUGAUAUCGAUCGUGCGUCGCGUUGAAAAGUGAAAAUUCGAGUGUUUUUCGACAGUUUUCCGGGUGAUUUCGGUUCGGAAAAUGCAACGGUCUACCGCGGAAGAAUCCGAAAGUGGUGGCGGUACUGAAAACGGCGAGGACAAUCCGCUGGAUGGCAACCCAAACGGAUUGUUUGUUGGAAGCAAUUCGGAAUCGCAAACCGGACCGAGUGUGGACUACAUCGCAAAUGUAGCCAAUCAGCAAAGUCAAUCUCUCUCGGAACCGCCGUCGCUGUCGGACGGUUUGUCCUCCGUGGGUGGUUCCAGUGAUUCAACAAGCAUCAUUACAAAUGUACGCAAUUCGAUAAACCUGACCAGCACCCCUAAGCUGAGCUCGGAUCGAAACUCGAAAAACGAUUCGCAACUUCAGCUGGCAGCGUCCCAAACGAAUGCCAAUGCACCCUGUUCCCUGUCCGGGCCCGGGCCUGGUGGUGGUGGCGGGAAUAGCGGCGAUAACGUAACGGUGGACGAAGGAGAUACGGUUACGAUUAUCGAAAAUCCUUCCAACGUGGACGUUGAAUCCAUUAAAUCACCCCUGGCAAACAAUGCCAAUACUUCAGUAAGACUAAGUCUGCUUCCUUGGAAUACACAUAACCGGUCAUCUGUAGUCGUUCCACCGAGUGUAUCUGCGUCUAUCGACAUGAUGGCUGCAAGCGACGGAACUUUGCGACCUGGGGAGAUUGUAAUGCGAACAUUAUUCGCCGAUUUUACAGUGCAAGCAGAGAAGAAAAUAGAAACGGUUAUGCUUGAGAGCACUGAUAAAACAUUGGCCAAACUGCUACAACGUGGGGAGGAUUAUCAAUUUGACCAGCUCCUACAGGCUCUGGGAUCAGUGGCUGAGCAUUGUCUGCCCUCGCUAUUGAAAGCUUUGCUCGCCUGGCAGUGGCACCAAAUCUGUGAUGGCGAUAUCAAACGUGAUUUGAAACGGAUGGAGACUGAACGCCAAUCCGGAACGGCUAAACCGGGCAACGAUUUAGAAUCUCAACUGCAACGACGGGAAGCGGCAGUGGAAUUUAUCUUCUGCUUGGCUUUGAUUGAAAUCCUGCGGCAGUUCCCAUUCCAUCCGGGACAUGACGAUAUCGUAAAAAAUAUCGAAAAUCUCGCCUUCCGUCAGUUCAAGUACAAAGAAGGAGUCCAGGGGUCACCGAAUGCACUGUACAACCACAUAAUUGCAGAUUUAUAUGCAGAAGUUAUCGGUGUGCUGGCUCAAAGUCGAUUCGCUUCCGUGCGGAAACGGUUCAUGACGGAGCUGAAAGAAUUGCGGAACAAAGAGCCGAGUCCGCACACCACGCACAGUAUUAUUAGUUUGUUGAUGGGAAUGAAGUUUUUCCGAGUGAAAAUGGCUCCGAUCGAGGAGUUUGAAGCGUCCUUCCAAUUUAUGCAUGAGUGCGCCCAGUAUUUUCUCGAGGUUAAGGAUAAAGACAUUAAACAUGCGAUGGCCGGCCUGUUUGUGGAGAUUCUAGUUCCAGUUGCGGCGGCCGUCAAAAACGAAGUCAACGUACCGUGUGUGAAGAAUUUCGUUGAUCUGCUGUACUCCCAAACGCUGGACGCGUGCACCAAAUCAAAGCACAAGCUGGCUCUCUUCCCGCUGGUCACCUGUCUGCUGUGCGUGUCCCAAAAGUCCUUCUUUCUCAGCAAUUGGCACUGCUUUUUGGCCAUGUGCCUGAGCAACCUGAAGAAUAAAGACCCAAAAAUGAGCCGAGUUGCUCUGGAAUCGCUCUACCGGUUGCUGUGGGUGUAUAUGAUUCGCAUAAAGUGUGAGUCCAAUUCGGCAACCCAUUCGCGGCUUCAGAGUAUAGUGAAUUCGUUGUUUCCUCGUGGGUCGAAAGCGGUAGUGCCAAGGGAUACCCCUCUGAAUAUAUUUGUGAAAAUUAUUCAGUUCAUAGCGCAGGAAAGGCUGGAUUUCGCCAUGAGAGAUAUUGUAUUUGAGUUGCUUUGCGUGGGUCGACCAAUUAAGAUUAUUAUGACACCAGAACGUAUGAGUAUUGGCCUGCGUGCGUUUUUGGUUGUGGCCGAUUCUUUGCAGCAAAAGGAUGGUGAGCCACCAAUGCCAAGGACGGUUGGCGUAUUACCAUCUGGUAACACUCUCCGCGUGAAGAAGACGUAUUUGAAUAAAAUGCUAACAGAAGACACCGCACGCAGCAUAGGUAUGUCCAAUUAUUUCCCACACGUUAGAAGAGUCUUCGUAGACAUUCUACGAGCUCUUGAUAUCCACUGCGGAAGACCGCUCAUGAUGACAAUAAAUCAAAAUCAGAACAAAGAACCGGACGAAAUGCUGACAGGGGAGCGGAAACCGCGCAUAGAUUUGUUCCGGACAUGUGUUGCCGCAGUGCCAAGAAUUAUCCCCGACAACAUGACCGGCCAUGAGCUGGUAGACAUGCUUUCCAGACUAACAAUUCACAUGGAUGAAGAGCUACGAAUAUUAGCUCACCAAUCGCUACAAACUUUGGUAGUCGACUUCCCCGAUUGGCGUCAGGAUGUGAUACAGGGAUUUACGCAGUUCCUAGCUCGGGAUGUUGUCGAUACAUUCCCUCACCUACUAGACAAUGGAUUGCGAAUGCUAUUUGCGUUUCUAACGGUUUGGAAAAACGCACUCAAUAACAGUGGGACCAGUAAUAGCAACAGCAAUACCCUGAAUUCUAAAUCCUGUUCCAAUACUGCCGGCCAGAGGUUUGCUCCGCAGCAACAGGUUAUCCAGCAGACACAACAACAGGACUCCAGCAAAUUACAUCCCCUGCAGACGGCUUCGUCGUUGAAUGCGGCUACGAUAAAUUCCAAUUCAAGUGCCAGCUCUGGAAUUUCGUCCAUUACACAAACAACUACAAUCCCAGCGGCGGUCAAUAGCAAUGAUUCCAGUGGGCAUGGAUCGGCAUCGUCCGGCGGUAAGAAGGGGCACGAAAUCCCCCUUGCCACCACUAUGCACAUGGUCGAAGGCUUUGCCUUGGUCAUGUUGUGCAAUUGUCGGCCAGCUCCGCGGAAAUUUGCCGUUAGCAUUCUGAAAGAGGUGAAAAUUCUCAUGAAGGCCCUCGGUAUUGUGGAAAGCGAACCCCCACUGAUUGAUGUCAUCGAUAGGUGCUGCCCGCAGGUGCUGGAGAGAUGCCUCCACAUGCUACCGCAGGCCGACCGAACCGCUAUGCUGAACGCCAACGUAAUCGACCUGCAGUGGAUAGUGGACCGCAACAGUGGGGUGUGGACGGUCGGGCAUAUCGAAGAUUCUGCGAAGGCUUCGACGCUAACCCUGUGCCACUCGCAGUCAUCCGGCCAAACAUACGAUCCGUGGAGUGUUUGCUUGUUCGGGUUUAUGGAGCGUCAACAUGUGCUGCAACAUUGUCCGACGGCGGUGGCACAGGCGUGGCCGAUUUGCUACCAACGAGUGACCAGUUUGUUCAACGUGAUUGAUCCGACACCCGUUAGUGACAACCGGGCAUCGUUGUUGCGUAGCUCCGCUCCGCCGAAGAAACCAAUAUCUGAAGCUCAGCGUGAUUGGCUUGCCCAUUUGUGGAAGAAUCAGGUAGCGCUGGCCAUGCGUCUUGUCCCGCAAAUGCCCAGCGUUGCCGUUCGAUGUGCGUCGCCGGAUCUCAGCUUAAGUCUGCAUGACCAGUCGGACUCCCGAUCGCUGUCCGACUCGUUGGACAACAUUCCGUCAUCCGUGUUUGGACCAGAAGGAAUCGUAACACGUUUCACCUUACCUCUAUCCUAUGGGCGCAAAGAUGCCAGACAUAAGAGACAAGGCUCAUCGCCGGAUUCGUUGUCGGCGGAUCGUAGCGACAAGUCCAGCGGUACGGCUGCAUCGCCGGUGGCUCUUUACAAACUCGUCAUCCCAUUGCUGCGCUGUGAAGUGACCGACAUCCGUGAUGCCGCUGUUAACGCCCUCGGAAUGAUAAACCACGACGCAUUGAAGGAUUUGAUGGAGGAGCUGGUGGUGUACAUCCGUGAGGCAAUCGACCGCAAACAAGAGAACAUGCGUCGCCGUCGCCGCCGUGAUGCCCUGAGGCUGCAGCUGGUCCGGGUGCUGGAGAGCAUUGCCGAGAACGGCACUUUCGGAAUAAGCCCGUUUGUUCUAGAACGGGAGACCAUGUCGCUCCAUCCGACCUUUGUGGAGUAUAUCGAUGGGGCCCGGCUCUACCUGGAAGCCGAAACGGACAAGGAUAAUAGCAGCAUGCGUGAGGUGAAAACUCAUUUCUGUGAUUUCAUUCGGAAAAUGAUUAAAAACUUUUCGUUGGAAUCGUGUGUUACGCUGCUGUCGCGAGAACUGAAGCGGAAUCUAGUUAAUUUAUUCACUUCUUGGAGCGGAACUCAUGCCAUACCGUUUGGCAGUGGGGUGGGAGGGGGCAGUAGCGGAACGAGCCACCAUGCAGUGAGCAGUAGCACUAUCAGCAGCAUUUCGGCUGACGAGGAAAAGUUGCAGUACAGUGCGCUACUGGCAACGUCCGCACUGCUCUGCUGUGGCCCCUGUUUCGAUCAUAACUUGUUGGCGGAAGAGGGUGCGAUCUACAACUGGCUAGACAUGCUGAUGGAGUCCAAGGAAGACAAGAUUUACGACUUGGCGAAGGAAACCGUAGUGCUGCUGCUCGAGUCUAACCCCGACAUCGGCCAACUGCUGGAAUGGGUUAUUGAUCGGUGCUACACCGCUUGCCCCCGACAAGCCGAUGCCUGCUUCCUUACGCUGGCAGUUAUCUUCAGCGCGCGGGAGUACCCGUGUGACCACUACACAUCGGUUAUCAACGUUACGCUGCUGAUGACGGGAUGUCCACGCGUGGAAGUCCACUCGACUGCGCUCCAGCUGUUACAGAUUCUGGACAAACGAUUCUUCGGCAACGUGGGCCCGCUGCAGUCCGAAGCCGAUAGAGAGUUGGAUAAAGUCGGUACCCUAGAUGCUAUUUUGAGUGGAGCCUACUGUCGUUCUCAGAUGUACCUGUCCAGGCAAAUGGCCAGACUGCGUCCCGAGCUGACUAUGUCAAUGUUUUCCGAAAUAACACAUCGCUUCCAGACGGCUCGUUCGGAAGUUCGUGCCUUGCUGUUGCAGUGCUUGCUACCGUGGCUAGAAAACGUGGAACUGGUGGCAUCGAGUGUUCCACCCGCCACACCACUCUCCUACAUCAUGUACUACCCGGACUCAGGGACGCGCGGCAGACGGGAAGGUUCCGGUUCGACGGAAGCCACCGAGAUGAUUCUCAACAAUCUGUUCUACAUCACCGCCAAGUUCGCCGAUUCGCACCCAUACAUCGAGGAGCUCUGGGGCACGCUUUGCCAAUUUUGGCCUAACAAUCUCAAGGUCAUCCUUCGGUACCUGCUCAUCAUCUCUGGGAUGGCACCUAACGAGCUGCUGGCUUACGCCAAACGAGUCGCAUUGUACUUGGCCCGGUCAUGUACAAACCGGCUGCUGGACGAACUGAUGAGCGAGCUGCAAACCGUGGAAACGCUAAAUUGUCUAAUUGAGCGCACGGAGACUCCACCGUUCUACCGGCUAACGAGCAUGCGGAAAGCGUCCAGCCAUUCGGAUGGACCCGCUUCGGGCAAUAACGAUCCAAAAGUACAGGAGGUUGGAGUCGAGAAGGGGACAAUCCACACCAAGCGACACAGUGGCGAGGAUCCCAUCAAAUCGGGUACCUGCAAGUCCGACAGUGCCCUACGUACGUUUGCCAGCAGCUAUCGGCCUCCGAGAGGAAGCGAUAAAAUUCGUACGGCAUCCGGUCCUUGCGUGCUGCCCCGACACGAGGACGUGCUCCUGAUGAGCGAAACGGAAAUGAACCAGGAGGAUAAUUUUGCCCAACUGCGAAACAAUGAACAGCCAACGGCUCCGCAUCCUCUGCCUAUGCCCGAAUACGGGGGCUACUUUGCACCGUUGACGGAGUUUUUGCCAGAUGCGACCAGCCCCAUCAGUGGUUUCCAUCGCUGCAAUGUGGCCGUGAUGCUUCUGACGGACAUCGUCGUCGAUGGAAUACCCGGGCUGGACUGGACGCUACAUGUGCCGCUCAUGUUGCACAUUUUGUUCCUCGGGUUGGAUCAUACCCGGCCGAUUGUGCGGGACCACUGUAAAAAGUUGCUGCUGAAUUUGCUGAUUGUUCUUGCGGAACACAAUGACCACUUGAACGUGGCGAAAAUCCUGCUGAACAGCGAUACCUCAAAGCUUCGCUUGGGGCUGAGUGUUCCGUCGCUACCGGUCAUAGAUCACAAUUUCACCGAACCGGAUCAGGAAUUCGAUAGCUACCUGUUCGGUCUCAACGGAAACGUUCCGCAGAAUACCCUAUCGCCGGCUUCGAAUCAACCGAACGAGGAAACUCCUAUCCCAACAAUUAUAACAGAGGAGAACGCCCCUCCCCAGCCUGGUCCCACGAUGCCGACGGCUCACGUGAUCAAAAGCUUGAUCCGGUUCCUCUCCCAGGACAGUGCUCAGCCGCUGUGGAACUACGAGGACAUCACCGCGAAAGUGUGGACUAUUAAGUCGGCGGAACAAUUGCAGUGCUUCCUUCGGCAUAUCGUGAAGGUGUUCUCGGACAGCUAUUCUCACGCGAGAAUCGCCGAACGGUGGGCACAGACGGCGUUGCAGUUGGGGCUUAGCUGCUCCUCGCGUCACUAUGCCGGACGUAGUUUGCAAGUGUUCCGCUCGCUCAAUGUGCCGAUCAAUUCGCGCAUGCUGAGCGAUAUUCUAUCGCGGCUGAUCGAAACCGUCGCCGAGCAGGGAGAGGACAUGCAGGGUUACGUCACGGAGCUACUACUGACCUUGGAAGCGGCCGUUGACAGCUUGGACUCGGACUUUAGACCGCUGGACGUUAUGAAGGACAUCUUCAAGAGUACGCCGAACUUGAACAACAAAGACGGAGCAAUGAUUACGAGUGUGUACGGGAAUAAGAGGUCCAGUGAUGGAAUACCAGGGUCUCCACAAGCCAUGAACAACAUGAUAACAGGAGGCCAUACUAGAAGCACAAGUUAUUCCAUAUCCUAUUGUUCUCGGAAGGCUGCAAACUCUCCGAUCGACAAACAAGUUGAACUGCGCAAUCGGUCCAACGUGUUAGAGCUGGAACGCAAUUCCAAUAAAUUUGGAUCUUCUCUGUCACGAUCACGCAGUGCACAAAGUUUGAAGCUUUUGGGUGAUACAGCUACCCAGGAUGACAAGAUGACCAUCCUAGCACAACUGUUCUGGUUGGCCGUAUCCCUGCUGGAGAGCGAUUAUGAGCAUGAGUUUUUGCUGGCUUUGAGAUUGCUUACCAGAGUGCUCCACAGACUACCAUUAGAUCGUCCAGAUGCGCGUGACAAAGUGGAAAAACUUCAACAACAACUCAAGUGGUCCACGUAUCCAGGCAUGCACGCACUUCUUCUGAAAGGCUGCACUCAUACAACGACAUAUGAGCCAUCAAUUGCGGUUCUUUCUCAGUUGUCGCCUCUCUUGAACCUACCCGUUUGCGAUCCCACUCAGAGUUGCGCCUUCCCGAUGAAUGUGAUUGCUUUGCUACCGUACAUGCUGCUCCACUACGAGGACGCCAACGAAAUAUGCAUCCGAAGUGCGGAGAACAUUGCGCAGGUUUCGUCCGAAAUGGGCCUCAAGCUGGAGAAUCUCGGCACGGUUAUGACCCUCUACAGCCGGAAGACUUUCAGCAAGGAAUCGUUCCAGUGGACAAAGUGCGUAGUUAAAUAUCUGUACGACACCUACGCCCACAUGGGGCUGCACAUGUUGGCGUUUUUGACUGAGGUCAUCGAGAAGGGUCCGAGCCAGAUCCACCUGCAGGUGCUCAGCGUGAUUCACUGCAUGCUGCACUACAUUGAUUUGUCGUCGGCGCAGGCACAGCCCAUUGCCGGCGAUCUGCUGCGUGUUAUCUCCAAGCAUCUUGAUAGCCCUAACUGGAAGGAAGCGCUAAAAAUCCUCAAACUGGUUGUAACACGUAGCUCCAGCCUGCAAGUAGUACCACAAUCAACCGAAACCAGUUCGUCCUACACCAGUUUCCACGGAAGCUAUAGCGAUUCGGAAGUGUUCUGCAAAAAAGAGCUUGCGGGCCGAACCAUGGAGUUUUCCUUCGAUGUGUCACAGACACCGCUUAUUGGGCGGAAAAUUUUGCUGAAAUCGGAGAGUGACAGCAGUGCGGCGUUGGCACAGAACGCCGCCGCCAACAAGAAUGGCCCAGCUGGUGGCGCUGGGGCAAGCAAUGCUCAUUACACAGGACACGCAGGAACGCCGAAUUCUCCUCGUCGCAGUGCGAGUCUUUCUCCGGCGGACACGGCUCCGCUUAGCGGGUGGAAACGCCCUUGGAUGUCACAGGGUCGAGUACGUGAGUGUUUGGUAAACCUUCUCACUACCUGCGGACAACGGGUCGGCCUUCCAAAGAGUCCUUCGGAUGACGUCCUAAGUUCGCUUUACUCGAAGGUCAUCUUCAGCCAAUCUUCCGACCUACUCGAGCGCCAAUCAUCUGCUGCGUCCAGCACGGAUGAAACCUCCGGCGCCCAGCAGGACCUGAGCGGUGGCUCCAAACGGGACGAUGGCCCGCCGGACUUUGGCGUGUUCAAGGACUUCGAUUUCCUGGAGUACGAAAGCGAAAGCAUCGAGGGAGAAUCUACGGACAACUUCAACUGGGGAGUACGCAGACGACCGCUCUCCGAGGGUGACAGCGAACCACUAUCCGUCGGCAAGGCACAUUCGAACAUUGACGAAAGCUUGAGCGAGAAAACUCCGGUAUUGACCCGUCGCAAGAGACCAAACGCAGAUGAUUCGAGCGAUGAGGAGGUCGAAUCGGAGUCGCCUCUGGACGAGGAACAGCGACCAAUCUUCUCCAAGACUUCGUACUUGAGUGGUCCACCGACAAGCUUAAGUUUGAGGGAUCGUAGACAUCGUAGGGAUUCAGUGUCUCGCAGUGAUACGAGUGGGUCUAGUGCUGGUGAUCUUGGAGAUAUAACUCCUUGCAAUGCUUCACCCCACAUGCCUGGGUUGUUGGCCUUCCGUGCCCCGAUUCGAGACGAGAGCGAAGAGGUUUGGAGAAGAAAUCUUGUUGGUUUGUUAGUUAAUCAACCGUCAGGCCAUGCACCAGAUCUGCUGAACCAAUUGUUCAAAUUGAUCAAAGAACUAUCACAUCGAUCAAUAUCCAUAUCGAAAGAAUGCAUGCGAUAUUUCACAGGUACAGGCGUGCAGCUUGGCCAUCGUAUUUCGGUGCUAUCUGAUUUGCUGUCGUCUAGAGGCGAACCACCAAAGAUUUGGUAUCAUCAGAGCUUGGUUACAACUCCAAGACUCUUUGAAAACUUAAGAUAUGGUGUCUUGGAGGUACAGGAGCAUCUGGAGACAUUCUUCGACAGAAAAGAUACAGUUCUCGAUAGUUUGGAUGCUGUUAAAACAUCUUGUAAGUUGGCUCUGUUCACAUCAGAUAUUGAUUCGGCCAACGAAGGCACUGGAUCCAAUCUCAUGACCUCGAUGUCGGUUGAUCCAGCAACUACGGAAAUGCUACUCGACCUAGGUCGCGGUCUGUACAAACUGAUGUUCCAGUUGCUUUUACUGAUUGAAUCGGACCAUAAAAUUGCAAUUAGCGUCGUACAUAAUCUCCGACAGAAUGAAAAGAUGCAGGAUCUUUCCAACCUGUACGUUUCGGUUCGCGGAGCACUGCUGCGGUGCAUUGAUGACGCUGAAAUGGAAUCAUUGGACACGUCUACGUCGACGGAAGGGGAAAAUACUCCCACACCGUCCCCCGGCUUACCGAUGAAUAAUUGUGAAUUCGAAAACAGCUUGAUUGAAUUGAUAGACAACCAAAGGUGGUCAGCCGCCAUAAAUCACGUCAAACAGCACAAACAAAUGUCAAAUCUAUCGUCCUCGAAUUACAACCUGUCCGGCACGAGUGGAGGAAGCGGCACCAGCGGCGGAUUGCAACUCGAUACGAGCUUCGGCGGUAAUUCGAGUGUGGAAUUCCGAUCCACCGAUGAUUUAUCGAUUAUACUGAACAUCUACUCGCAGCGACUGACGAAGGAACGAAAUGAUGUGUUCAUAGCGUCCCGCUCCGAGAUCGAACUGAGUGAAAUUUAUCAAAUUCUGAUGGAAAACUUGCUGCACGUGUCGUCCGCGUUGACCAACAUGGAGAUAAGCAUGAAAACCACCAACAACACCAGCUCGUCAUCGUCGACGGUAACCACAAUGACUACGAUUCCGGCAGUCACUGGCAGCACUCCGCUCCACUCUGGGACCUCCGGAAGCGGAACGGGUUUCGGCGGCGGAGGAGGAGCGGUCUCGAGUGGCACAACCAUGCCAACGCCACAGCUUGGGCCAAUCAUUGCACCAACAAAUCCAUUUAAAGAUACAGUGGAUAUCAUCACCACGCUCUAGAGAGCACCCGAUUGAUUUGGAACCGGAACCGGCGUGUAAGUGACAUUCGGUGCAUCGAUGUAUCCGCAAGAGGAUUUUCAUUAAUUGCUAUUAAUUCGUACCGGUUUGUCCGAUAUAAUUGAAUUUGCCGACUCUAGCAAGGCAUGGAACCGUGACAAAGUAAUUGACUGCCGACACUACUGGCGGGAAUAUGACUAUUCGUAUAUAAGAUGAACUAUAAAUCAUAGUCUAGCAGUAAAUUAAGCCCCAUUUCAGACAUUACAACUCUACUAAUUGAGAUUAGCAGUCAGUGUCUGGCGGGAGAUUGGCGUACAAAAAUGCGCUGCUUCACGCAGAAUUCUCUGUCGCGCCCUAGCACUACAUGCUCUCCUCAGGCGGCACAUUCAAAUAUGAACCCAAUCUUGGAUUUCCGAUUGUGGUGAAAACUGUACGUCUAGAGUUGUAAAAUUUUAGCUUUUAGGAGUUUUACUAAUAAAACCUGUAUGAUUGCACUAUGAAAAUGAA